AUGCAAACGCUUUCAUCGUGGCUCAGAGUUGAGCAGUCAAUCACAAAGUCAAAAAGAGAGCGAUGGCUUAGCAACGCGGAUCUAGAGCCUGUGAAGUUAGAAAACAGGACGUGGACAAGUAUGUCUUUUGUCAACUUCUGGGUCUCAGACAGCAUCAACAUAAAUACUCUGAUGUUGUGUCAAGCAAACGUUGCGCUUGGACAGACUUGGUGGCAGAGUCUAAUUGCAGUUUUCAUCGGAUAUGCCAUUACGGCAGUUUUCGUCAUUGCUAGCUCCCGGCCUGGUGCUACUUUUCACUUAACUUUUCCUGUCCUCAUUAGACAGUCUUGGGGUAUCUUUGGAAGCGUAUGGCCCAUAAUUAACAGGGUCGUAAUCGCCAUUUUGUGGUUCGCAGUCCAGACAUACAUCGGCGGUAAUUGCAUACGCGUGAUGCUCAGAUGCUGGGAUCCAAAUUGGACGACCUCUGCGGGGCUCCAAAAGCAGCUAGACACAAAUCUCAAGGGUUUUGAUAUGGUCUGCUUUAUCAUCUUCUGGUCGCUAAUGCUCAUACCGACUUACUUCCCGAUUCAAAAAAUCAAGCACUUUUUCACGUUCAAGGCUAUUGUCGCGCCGCUUGGACUGAUUAUUUUCUUCGGAUGGUCUCUCGGUAGAGCCACUGCAACUCCAUCCCAGGAAGCCACACUUAAAAGUGUCCUCACCAGCCCAUCGACGCUCACCUCCUCUGAACAAGGCUGGGAAAUGGUCAAAGCGAUAGUCAGAGCCAUCUCCAAUGCCGUCACUCUCAUCCUCAAUAUUUCAGACUUGGCUAGUCGAGCUCACGACAAAAAGAAUGUAGUCUUUCCGCAGCUCCUCACAGUCCCCCUCGGAUUUUUCAUUACGAGUUUCUUCGGAGUAAUCAUAGCUUCGUGCUAUCAAGCCGAGACGGGGAUCAAAGAGUGGGAUCCUAUGGUAAUUCUUGACAACUUCAUCAAUCCAGACAGCGCUGCUGUGCGAUUCGCGGUGUGGUUUAUAGCUUUCUGUCUAUGUGUUGCGCAGAUGGGCACCAACCAAGCGGCUAAUGUUAUAGCAUGCGGAUGCGACCUUACCGCAUGUCUGCCUUCAUACAUUAACAACAGAAAAGGCGGCUAUAUCUGCGUGUUCCUCGGUCUAUGUCUCGUGCCUUGGAGGCUUACAGACGGCGCAACGAGCUUCACCAACUACUUGUCAGGAUACUGCGUUUUCCUCUCUGCCAUUGCUGGGACUAUGCUUUCCGAUUACUUUGUCGUCAGACGCGGACGUGCCAACGUUGCAGACCUGUACAGGGCUGAGGGAUGGUACAGCUACACAUACGGUGUUAACCUUCGCGCUGUAGCAGCUUACCUCUGCGGUGUCUCGAUAAAUUUACCAGGCUUUAUUGCGUCCACUCCAGGUAACGAAGAAAUUGUAGGUCGAAGCGCAACACGCAUCUAUAACCUGUCCUUCUUCACUGGAUUUCUAGUCAGCUCGGUGAUAUACAUAGCCAUCAGCUACAUCUUCCCACCUACAGGAGCAGUACCGUUCAAUGCACCAUUUGAAGAGAUUGACUUCAGUGGGUAUACGCACGACACUGAUUCUAUAUACGACUUGGAAGUAAAUGGUCUAGGUGGUAUGGCGGAUGGUGGUAUUGCUAUUACUACAACCAAGACAGAUUCUUCGUCCAUCCGUUCCACUCGAUCAACCAGGUCAAUCGAAAAAGCAUAA